AUGCCAGGGAGUUUGUAUAGUCUUAACAGCACUUGCACUGAAUCUGGCAACUUUGGCAAAGCUGACAUCACAGGAGAAAUAGAGUUUGCCAUAAGAUACAUCUUCAAGGCUCGCAUCUUAGAAAUUUGCAUCAAGGGAUGCAAGAAUCUGGCUUAUGGAGAAGAGAAGAAGAAAAAAUGUAAUCCCUAUGUCAAGAUUUAUUUACUUCCUGAUAAAUCUCCUCGGAGUAAGCGGAAGACAGCUGUCAAAAAGAGCACAGUGGAUCCAGAAUUUGAUGAGACUUUGAAGUACAAGAUUGAGUACUCCCAGCUGGCGAGUCGGCAGCUUCAGAUCUCCGUGUGGCACGCAGGAGCUCUGAAGUACAGGGUGUUUCUGGGGGAAGUGGUGAUUCCAUUGGCCACGUGGAAUUUUGAAGAUAACUCGAUGGAGGCAUUCAACUGGUACCAGCUAAAAUCCAAGCUUGAAAAGCCUGAAAAUAACCUUAUCCAGUACAGUGGAGAACUCCUGGUGUCUGCAAGACUGUCGGUACCAGCCCAGUAUAAAAACUUCCAGUUUGAAAGGUGGUUGAGAGAAGGAAAAAAGACGAAGGAGUUUCCGAACUGCCAGCUUCAGGUUAUGAUAUUUGGGGCCAAGAACUUGCCUGUGCUGAGACCUGCUGGAAUGCUGAACUCAUUCGUUAAAGGCUGCCUUGUCCUUCCAGACCAAGCAGAGUUGAAGCAGAAGUCGCCUGUCCUGAAGAAAGAAGACUGUCCUCAGUGGAAACAUUUGUUUGUCUUUGAUGUUACCCCAGCACAGCUACAGCAGUCAUGCCUACACUUGACCCUCUGGGACCAGUCAACUUUUGGCUCACACGAUCAGUUCCUAGGGGGAGCCAAGCUUGGUGCAAAGGAAUCGCUUGGAUUUGCAGAUGCUCUUUCUCAGUCAGCACUUCAAUGGCAGGAAGUGCUCUGCAGGCCAAACACGUGGAUGGACUUCACACUUGUACUGCAUUCAAAUAUGGAAAACUUUAAAUCCUGAGAAAUUACUGCACAACUUUUCCUCCCCCAUGUGUGAUGUUUUAAAUACGAGUGGCACAUACACAUGCCAGGUCUGGGGAAAAGGUGUGCUACAACAGUACCUACGCCAGCAUCCGGGGAGUAGUUGUACAGUGGAAGGGGUGUGACACUGAAGGUUGUAUUUCUCCAAAAACUAAGGCUUUGUUAUCUGUAUCUCUAGGUGGGAUGUAAGGUUAGUAUUGUUUCUUCAGGAGUAACAGACUCUGAAACGAAUGAUGCUGACAAGGUACUAGCAGACAGAUGGUUUGCAGCUUCCUAUUUCUGGGUAUAGAGUUGGAGUUAGUUGAACACAGAUUGGAAUACUUCAUAGGGAAAAAUUCCUAGCCUUAAACUUAGAUGAUUUCAUUCUAGCUUUGAUGCUUCGUAUGUGACCAGAGAGGAAUGGAAACUAGAUCAUUUUUAAUGGUUUGUUGUAAAUUAGUGACGUUAGUACCUCUAUGCUUCAGAAUUACGUCUAGUGCCCAUACUACUUCACGUAACCCUAAAAAGCUUCUGCCUGGGUGGCCCACCGGUCUUUCAACUGGGUGCUAUGCUAGAGGUGGUUACAAGCAGUUAAAAUGUAUAAAUUCUCCUUCAGCCAGGGAACACAGGGCAUCAGCUUGUAAAAUAAAUGUGGUUAUAGAAAGUUCCUUGUUCUUCUCAGCUGCUGCUGUGAACCAGUAUUAACAAGCCUGACUGACCCAGGUGGUAUAUGGCACAGCCAAACUUAUCACUUAUUCAGGUGAACUACUGGAAAUGCAAGCUUAAUGCCAACUGCCCUGUCACCUCCUUUUGCCUCAGAGGAAGCAGUGUUACAGGCAGCAGAAGCUUUGUAUUUACAAGCAUAACUAGUGCUGCUGUUAUACCUCUUUUCCCUGUGACUGAAGGGAAGAUUCCAGCAUGGGUUACCCUUUCUUUUCAGACCAGCACAGUGUUUAAGGAAACAGAAAUAAAAUAUAGGGAUUCACAUGCUAGCCUCAGAAUCUUAGAAACCAGCAUACCUUACCCAGUAUCCACGCUACACUCGAAGAAACACUCGACUCCAACUCCUUUGUUACUCUGCAGAUCUUUUAUUUAGAUGUUUGCUGCUGCAAAUAAAAAACCACCACACAACAAAACUCAACUGGAGUAUAAAGCAGCAUAGAUGUUGUAAAUGGAAGAGAAGAGCUGACAACAUACUGUAUCUCACUUUCUAACAGAUUUUCAAGGAAAGGGGGAGAUUAGUGGGGAAGGAAUAGUCACAGAAAUGCUCUCUAAUAGAGAGAAUACAACUGUGAUAUAAACAAGCAGUCCCUUCAUGUUUGGAGUCUGAAACUUUAAAUCAAACAUUUAAAAAAUUAGAAAAUUUGUUAGAAAAAUAGG